CAUACCGCACACACACACGCACACACACACAUACAAAACUCUAUUCUACUCCUAUGUCCGUCCACUACGGAAAACUUCUCCUCAUCUUAUCACUCAGCAAUUUCCCUCCGUCCUGCCCAUAGUUUUCUCUCCCUUUAACCCCCACUCGCCCCUCUUACCCUCCCCUUCUCAUUUUCCUUUCUCUUGAUCUGCCUACCUCCCUUUCCAUCAGAGGCAAGUUCACUGACGCAGACAGCAGAGAGAUGAAAGAGAGGAACCCCUGGCUCUCGCCUGCAACCAUCAUCAUCACUGUGAUUGGUGCCAUAGCAAUUGUUGCCCUGGUGACAGUUGCAGUUUUGCAGAACAAGCCUGCCCCCCAAAAAUACAAGUAUGGGAUCGUUCUGGACGCUGGCUCCUCCCAUACGGCUCUUUAUAUCUAUCAGUGGCCAGCAGAGAAGGAUAACAACACGGGAAGAGUUACACAGAAACACUCCUGCAAAGUAAAAGGUAAAGGCAUUUCGAGCUAUGCAGAUACACCAGAGAAGGCAGGACAGUCACUGACAGAGUGCAUGAGAGAGGCUGAGAAGCAGGUCCCCAUAAAAAGACACAAUGAGACUCCUCUCUAUCUGGGAGCUACUGCAGGAAUGAGAUUGCUGAAUAUAGAGAACAGCCAGGCAUCAGACAAGGUAUUUGCGGCUGUGGCGCAGGCCCUGCAGCGGUUUCCCUUUUCCUAUCAGGGAGCGAGAUUACUUACAGGGCAGGAAGAGGGCUCCUUCGGCUGGGUCACGGUCAACUACUUGGACGACCGCCUUAAACAGGGCAUUGAAACUACAGGCGCUCUUGAUCUUGGCGGGGCUUCGACUCAAAUUAGUUUUGUUCCCGAUGGCUAUGAUGGUUCCGAGUCACCUGACAACUCUGUGACCUUCCGACUCUAUGGGAAUGACUAUAACCUGUAUACUCACAGCUUCCUGUGUUACGGGAAAGACCAAGCACUACGACUGGCACUGGCCCACCAGACUCAGUCUGGUCAAGCAACAAUUUCAGAUCCUUGUUUCCACACAGACUUCUCUGAGACAAAGAACUACACAGACGUCUUUGACAGCCCCUGUGUGUCAGAAAGGAAACCUGAGGGAACUCCCACAAAUUUCACCCACAGGGGUGAAGGCAACUUCCAACAAUGUCAGGAAGUCGUCAAACACAUCUUUAAUUUCACUUCCUGCAAAUAUAGCCAAUGUUCUUUCAAUGGAGUCUUCCAGCCACCAUUGCAAGGGACGUUUGGGGCUUUCUCUGCUUACUACUUUGUGAUGAACUUCCUCAAUCUGACAGAUGAAUCUCUGUCUCUGGAGACAGUGAAAGAGAAGCUAGCGGCCUACUGUGCUACCUCGUGGGAACAGAUAAAGCAGCAGUAUCCAAAGGUGCCAUUGAAGUAUCUGGCUGAGUACUGCUUCUCUGGCACGUACAUCCUCACCCUGCUGACGGAGGGAUACAACUUCACCUCAGACACGUACUCCGAAAUAAAAUUCAUCAAGAAGAUAAAAGGCAGUGAUGCAGGCUGGACGCUGGGCUACAUGCUGAACUUAACCAACAUGAUUCCAGCGGAGGCUCCAGAUUCACCCCUUCUCCCGUACCCCAGCUACGUCGCCGUCAUCACCAUCAUCGUAAUAGCACUCGCCAUCCUCCUCAUCCUCGUGUUGCGCCCUAUCUGGCCCCGGUGCUCCAAGCAGCCACAGAUAGUGUAAAUACAGAGCUGUAUGACUGAUGUUAAGGGAAGCAAAGUCUGUGAAGGUUUGCAAGGGUGUGUGUGUGUGUGUGUGUGUGUGUGUGUGUAACUGUUGGUAUGGAUGACUGUACCAGUUUUUGUAAUGGUUGCAGAUCAGCUCAAGCUGCCAAAGGCCCCCCAGCUCUUAUGGAUUCAAGGACUUUUUCACAGGAGCAAAUGCUUUCUCUCACUGCAGAGGGACGUUUGCAGCUUUGCUUGAAGGACAUUUUCUGCAUUUGAAUGUGUGCAUAAUAUACAUCUCUUUAAUCGGAGUGUGUGGAUUUGAAUGCAUGCCUGAAUGUGUGCGUGAAUCAACAUCAGUCUGCAUGUUUGUACUGAAUCAUGAUGUGAAAAUGUAUCUGUAUAAAUAAACGACCCAAGUUUAUAUAAAAUGUUUAAGUUGGUCUCUUGAAGCAGAAACAGAAUCACUUCAAUUUUUACAGAAAGUUAUUUGCAAUCUAUGUAUUAAGAAAAUAAUGAUAAUU